AUGGGUAAAAGGGUUGGUUCUGUUCCUUAUCUUCCUCAACUUAAAGAGCUUGAUUUGAGUGGGAAUUAUGAUCUUCAUCCUGAUCUAACUAGGAUGUUCAAACAUCAAUGGCCUAAGCUUAAAACUCUUGUUAUAUCAGAUACUAAUUUGCGGUCUUUAGAACUCUAUGGAAACAGCAUAAAAGGCUAUAUCCAUUCAUCAAUCUCUAGUCUAAAAUCCCUAGACUCUCUUGACUUUUCUUUUAACAAUUUCCAAGGUUUCAUACCAAAAUCAAUCUGCGAGAUGUUUUCUCUUCGACGUCUUAUUUUAAGUGGUAAUAACGUAACAGGAACCAUACCAAAUUGCCUUUAUAAGCUCAAACACCUUAGUGUCUUUGAUGUGAAGGAAAACUUUAUUGAAGGCAGUGUUUGCUCAAAAGAUUCCGAAUUUACUACUUUAUUUAUUGAUCUGUCCCAUAACAGAUUAUCUGGAAUUAUACCUUCUAGUAUAGGGAAUUGCUCAAAACUUCUAUCUCUGAACCUGGGCAAAAACAAUCUCACCGGACAUAUUCCAAAUGAGCUUGAACAAGUAAAAUCAUUAAGGUAUCUUCAACUGCAAGACAACUUUCUUGAUGGUACUCUUGUUUUCAACUUCUUCAGUAUAUUUGCAGACCUGGAAGUUCUGAGUUUAGCAAAUAACAAUUUCAGAGGGAGUAUACCCACUGAGUUUGGUUCAUACAAUGUUCUUAAGAUCAUUUCUUUAAGGUCCAACAAAUUCCAAGGAACAAUCCCUGACGAGAUUAGUUAUUGUCAGAAUCUCCAAAUAUUAGAUUUAUCGAAAAACAAUCUUACAGGGAUAAUUCCGAGGCAAAUAGGAAAUUCAGAUAUGCUAAGUGAACAAAAAGAUCAGAAAAUGGGCUAUAUAGCCAAAAAAGGGAGUUUUAUGGGCCAUAUAGACAGUUAG